CACAGGAAGAGAACUGAAAGACAGCGCAGUCGUCUCACAUCUGGAGCUCUACAUUCACUUCUAUAUCUCACAGAAGAACCAGCAGCUGGCAAAAGGACCGCUAGGUAAUGGCUGCUCCCAGGACUUACCUCUCGCUUGCCGUCUGUCUUUUUCUGGGACAUCAAACUGUUGCCGUAAGCGAUGCUCCCUGCCAGCUCUCCACUUGGAAAAAAGGCUUCAAAACCUUCAUGGAUCGCCACGUUCGCAGUGGAACUCCUACGACCCUUGAUCAAAAUGAGUGGUUUAGUUACAUUAAGAAUAUCGGGGACUGUAGCAGACCCACACAGUCCUUCAUUGAUCCAAAGGAACUGAAGAGGGUGAAGGCCGUCUGCUCAAAGAAUGGAGGGAAGACGUACAAGGAUAACCUGUGCAUCAGCCAGCAGCCUUUCACCUUUGUCACAGUGAGAAGUGUUAAGGACACCUGUGGUAUCAAAAGUGUCCUAAAGGAAACCAAACACCUGAUCCUGGCCUGUGAAGUGUUGGACAACGAGUGUGUGCCGGUCCAUUUUGAGGGAAACCCCACGAACCUGAAGCCUGAUAACAAUGCCAAAGCCUGCCAGGACCCCAGGAUAAGCCAUGCUCCCAGCUUAAAAACGACAUGGCUCUGGUUGUUGUUUACUUUGUUAUUCCUUAUAAGCUUUUUUUAAAUUGAUUAAUUAAAUGUUAUGGAUUUGUUUUGUUUUUUUAAUCUGAAGGCAUUUCAAUUCAGUUCACAUUUCAGUCAUGAAAUUUGAUUUGGAGUUUCUGACUUCAAAGCAAUAUUAAAACAAAGAAAAAAAAAGAUGGAUUUUUGUAACAAAUGUUGCUACUUUUUUAUGCAUGUACUGCUCAGGUGAGUCUGUCUAUGAGUUUGAUUUGAAUAAUUUGAUUGUGGACAUGGCAGACAUGGUGUGCAGGGUUUGAAUAACAACAGUGUUCUCUUGAGACUGACUCUAUUAUUAUUCAAAAAUAAAAUUAUUGGUGCUAAAUUAUGAGCCCAUGAAGAGUAAAUUUAAUAAAAAAUUCUCAAAAAGCAA